GUUGUCUAUGGAGAAAAAGAAACAAUAAAAUUUAGAGAGCUGCUAGCUGUUUCUUUAUUUUUCGAGAGAAAAAUUUCACUUGAUUUUCGAAUAAAAUCGAUUGAUGGAUAAUAUUUUUUCGAAAUUCGAAAACACUAUUUAGUGUUAGGCUGUAUUAAGACUUUAGAUUAUGUCUGGCUGUGUGUAUUCGUAUUUGUUCCACUUAUGCUGUAUUCCUAGUUCUGUUGGAAUACUUAGUUGAGGAAAACAUUCAGUAUUCUGACCAAAUAUGCAAUUUGUACUGCACAUAAAUUCCCUAUGAACAUGAAUAAAAUAAACAUACAUUCGAACGACAUGGUUGAAGUGAAGAAAGAACCUCUGGAAGAAUUAGAAAAUGAUUUUAUCAACUUUUCAGAAAGUGAUCUUCGCAUUAAUCUUCCUAUUCCAUUCAAGGAAGAACCAGAUGCUGAGAAUGAUGGAUCAACUGAAAAUUUUUUAAAUGAUGUAUGUGCUGCAGUUAAUGCAAAUAUUGCUGAAAUAAGUGCGGAUUUAAUUGAUGCAAAUGAUAAACAAUUAAAUGAAGCAAGAAAACAAAUGGAGGCCUUACAAAAGGCUCUCAACACUGGAAAAUUGAGGAUGCCAAUUUCCAUGAGUAGGAACAGAAGGAAAGAAUCUAUUGAUAAACCUACUACCUCUACAGAAAAGGCUGAUGUUGAUAAAACUGAAAUGGUUAAAAGUUAUGAUUCUGAUAUUGAUAGUGAUGAUGAUUUAUUGAAGUGUAUGGUGUGUAAGAGGAUUUUCAAUGAUCAAUUGUCUUUAGAAGAUCAUAUUAGAUCAUUUAGUCCCUCUUGCUGUGCAUGUGGUAAAACUUUUAGAGACAAUUCACAAUUAAAUAUUCAUCAUCGUAAACAUACUGGUGAGAAACCUUAUUCAUGCAAAGAAUGUAAAAAGCAGUUCUCAAUUAAAGGGAAUUUACACAAGCAUAUGAGAACUCAUACUGGUGAAAGGAGAUUUGAAUGUAAAGUCUGCAAAAAGAAAUUUUUUCAAUUUGCACAUUUGGAUGAUCAUAUUAAAACUCAUACUGGUGAAAGACCAUUUAAUUGUGAUGAAUGUCACAGUGCUUUCAAAACUAAAUCACUCCUCAAUAAACACAAAAAAAAUCAUGAUGAGAAUUUUGUUCGGAAAAGAUGUGUUAGAUGUCGUAUUUGCUUCAAAGUAAUGAAGACUAGUAAACAGCUUUAUGGUCACAUGAAGACACAUUCCGAGGAGAAAGAACCAUUCAAGUGUGAAGUCUGCGGAAAAGUUUAUAAAAGCUUAUUUUAUCUGCAAGGUCAUCAGAGAAUGCAUGAGGGAAUCAAACCAUACAAAUGUAGUGUUUGCGAAAAAUCCUUCGUUAUGUCUAGCCAGUUGAGAAGACACGAAAAUACUCAUGCAGGUUUGAAACCUUUCGAAUGCAGCAUAUGCUCAAGAGCCUUUGCUGUUAUGCAGAACCUGAAGAGGCAUUUAUUAACUCACACUGGUGAUAAACCUUACGCCUGUGAAAUAUGUGGUAAAGGUUUUUUGACUUUCGAAAAUAUGAAUCGACACACUAGAACUCAUACAGGAGAGAAACCAUUUCCUUGUGAUAUAUGUGGUAGGAGAUUUGCACAUAGCACAACUGUUAAAGAGCAUCAAAGAACACACACUGGUGAUAAGCCUUUUGGGUGCAGCAUAUGCAAUAAACGAUUUGCAAUGAAUAAAGUACUCUUCAAGCACAUGAGAACGAGGCAUCCGGAGUUCAAUGAAACAUUCGAAAAGGUUAACGAUAUUCCAAUUCAAGUUAGGUCGCAAGUUGCUCAUAACUUCGAUAAGGACGAGUAUCAAGAACCAGAAUAUAUCAAAACUGCUGACAUAUUUCGAAAUUUAGUGAAAGAAGAACAUGAUGAAGAAGAUGACAAACCCCUCAUUUAUUUGAGAUCGCAUUCCAAUAAAAUACAUAUGAAAGGUGCAUUUGAUGCACAUGUUAAAAAAAACAUCGAUGAUGAAGAAGAAGAAGAAGAAGAAAAACCAUUAGUUAAUAUUGUUGAUUCAGUUUUGUAGCAUUAUUGAACGCUUUAACUUAUUUCUAACUUGUUUAUAACUAGUAACAAAUUUUUAUAUUAUAUAUUAUAUUAUAAUGUUAUGGAAGAUUUCAUAAUUUCAAAAUAUGAGCUUUAUUUGGUUUUGUAUUUUGUGAUUAGUUAUAGUUUAUUAUGGAAAAUUUAGGUUAAAUUUAAAGUUAUUGUAAUAUAGGAUAGUGCAAAUAUUUUUAUAUUACAAGAAGUACUUAUGUUAAGUUUGUUUAUGAAAGGACCAUUUAAUUUGAAUUUUAUUGUAUUUAUUUUCUUUUAUUCUGUUAUUUAAUGGAUUAGGUUCAAGUUCAUGAAAUAAACAGUAAAACAAUUAA